GCACAUCACUUCAAUGGGGUCGCAUGACCACUAUAAAUCUUUUCUUAGCUCGGUAUUUUAAGAAAAUCCAGAAAAACACAAGGAAGUAAAUACAUAUAUUCAUACGUUGAUUUGUCUGUUCUUAUCAGUCACAGGAUUGAUAACUGAUAUGUAAAUAUGGAAAAUAAACAAAUAUCAAAGAUCGACUGAGGCGUAAUUCUGUUGGAAUGAGUACUCCACAAGAUAUUUCAAUAUGUGGCAUUUGUCGUGAAAAUAAAAGUCUACCAUCAUACUGCAUAGACUGCCCCCAACAUUUGUGUGAAGGAUGCCACAAGAUGCAUCAAUCAGAGAUCAAAAGUCACAGUGUCCUCCCUAAGGCAGAGUCAAUGUGCCCCGCCCAUUACAAAUACUAUGCUACCUAUUGCAAAGCAUGUGAAACACCAAUCUGUAUGGAGUGCUUGACUGGUUCCCACAAUGGGCACAAGUAUAUGACAAUCAAGCAGGCAAAAGAAGAGAAAAUGCAUGUCGUAGAAAAUUAUGCAAAAGAGUUACAAACCAAUCUCUGUCCACUUUACAAGGAUUCAGAAUAUCAAGCUAUGACACAGCUAACGGAUUAUGAAUCAGAAAUAGAUUCAGUGAAGAAGGCCAUUGAUGAGAAGAGAUCUGUCCUGAACACAAUGAUUGAUGGGCUGUGUGACGCCAUGAUAGAGUCUGUGCAAACAACUCUUGAAGCACAUGAAAGCCAAGUAAAAAAUGAGCUAGAAGAAAUAGUUAAAAGAAAGAAAGAAAUAGGAGACGAAAUUACAAAGUGUGAGGAACUGUCAGGAAAAGGGAUACUGGAAAUCAAAGCUUUUCUGGACACGCUUCCUCACCUAAGUGAGUCAUUAGCUAUCCCCCCAGACCUGUCCAAACCAAUACCUUCCCGCUUCUUUCCUGCUGACAUAUCAGAAAAGUGUUUAAAACAAAUGAUUGGCACUAUUCUUCAAAUCAAUGUGCACAGCGAUUUCUCCUGCAAACUCCCAGUGUCCAACGUCCAAGCCUGUUCCACAAACAACGUCUGGCUCACCUUCCAAGAUGAGAAACUGCUCACCAAAUAUUCAUACAAACAGGACAAAGGAUGUGCAGUGGAAGUGGAAAACUUGAAACUACAGUUCAAACCGGAGUGUUUCAUUUACAUGAAAGGGGAUUGCCUUCUUGCAUCUGAUAGGUUCAAUCACUGUAUUUGGAAAGUUGAUAACAAAAGAAAGACACAAAUAUUCAUCAAAACUUCUCCAAACAAUCCAAAGGGUUUGUGUCUGAAUAACAAGCAAGAACUUGUCGUCUGCCUCUCUGGUUUGACGGGAAGUCUAAGAAUUUACUAUGGUGAAAAAUACCAAAACUACAGAGAAAUUGCUGACCAGCUGCUCAAUGCUCCUAACCGAGUCGUCCAAAAUGGAGAUGAAAACUACAUUGUCUUAGAUGACCACCUUCAAACCCAUUUCGUUAUUGCCAUAGAUACCAGAGGAAACUCCCAGUGGAAAUUCCCUGGCAUACCAGGGAGUAGGGCUCCAUUCCUUCCCAGGAGUGUAUGCUGUGACUCCCUUAAGCAUAUUAUUUUGUCUGACUUUGGGAACAAUUCUGUGUUGCUUCUUGAUAAAGAUGGGAAUUUCCUGAUGAACCUUCUCAGUGAUCGAUAUGGCCUGCAGAGCCCGAGGGGGGUAUGUCUGGACAGUGAAGGAAAGUUGUGGGUGGGACAGGGAGAAGAUGAAAAGGGGAAGUGCCACAUUGUGCAAUACAUGAAAUAAAUUGAACACAAACAAAAUAUUAUCAUUGCCAAAUAAAAUGUAAACACAUUGA